GUUUUCUUACUGUCUUGUGUGACAAAAAGUCCAGCGCCCUCAAGUCUCUGUGAUAUUCUGAGAUUUGGCUAAAUGUGCAUCUGUGGGAUAUUUUCACCUGUUUUAAGGUAAAAAUGGUGCAUCUGAUUACUUAGUAAAUGAACAAUCUACAAGACUUUGAGGAAAGAUUUAAGAAUAUAUAUAUAUAUAUCCUUAAAUGUUAUUGCUGCAAGUUACACGCAUUUUCAAAGUCAAAUACUAUUUUGAACAUUUGAAAAGAAAAUCAGUUUUGCUAUUUAAAAAUUUCACAUUUCUUGGUGAAAAUUGUAAGUUAAAUUGUAAGUUUUUCCCCAGUGUGCUGGAUUUAUGGAAAUAAUCAGAAUAGCAACAACCUAACUAAGGUGUUUUUCUUGAGAAACAAAAAAGACAUUUUUAAGUGGAACUGUGGUAUCAGUUAUAUUUUGAGUCAUGUGACCUAAAUAAUGCAAAUCAGGAGGGUUAUUGGGAAUAUUCUUUGAGCUGGAUAUCAUUCCAUUUUCUCACAUGGUCUGUACAGCCGCUUGAAGCUUUUUAUGCUUUUUAAGUGAUCUCUUCAAUAAAAUUGCGGCCUGAAUCCACGGGUUAAUACUGCUGACAGGAAUUACAGUAGAAGGCAGAGAGAAUUUAUUCCUGUGAUGCAAAGCUGAAUUUCCAGUGUCACAUGAUUCUUCAGAAAGAACGAAAUUGAUGGCGCAAAAAUGAAAUUGUCUAAAGGUGUCAUUCUCCUUUUCCUGGGAUUGUUUUUUAAGGUUGCUGUGGCAGAGAAUUCCACACAGGUGUACUGGUUAGAGCUUGAAAUCGAGUCAUCGCUGUAUGACAACUUCACUAAGCUUCUGCAAAAGCUGCCACAAAUAAACAUAAAUAAAGCAACUGUAACAGACAUCAGCAUCACAACAGAUUGCAAAUGGCAUGAGACGCAUAAGAAAUGUUGGUGCAAGUCGAACUACACAGGCACUGAGGACAUGUGCAAAAAUGAUAAAUGCUGCAAUGAAAACUGCACACAAAAAUUAAAUGACAUUGCUGUGUGUCUGCCUGAAUCAAGAGUAAGCAUCAAUGGACUUACUGCACUAAAUGAGAGUUGCGAAAUAGUAUGUGAUCCAAGCCAAAAAGGUUCUUCUAAAUACCAAGAAGAAAACAUCAGAAUUACCAGUGAGCUUGCAAAACAAUACAGCAAAUUGAAGUAUUUUGAUUCUCUGGUUAUCACAAAUUACAGGAGUGGCAGUGUGAUCGCAUAUUAUACGGUGCAGUUAAUGAGUUCAGUUCCAAUUAAUGAUUUGACGAAAAUAGCCAGCGAGCUGGCUAAAUCGAAUCUGGUAACAACAGGCAUCAUCACUAUUAAGGGUCUUCAUAAUAAGACGAUUGAUAUUGGCUCCUCGACAAGUAUAACUUGUACUCGACCAACAGAUCUGGAAAACGCGACACUUAAGUGGUACUUAACGAAUACACGGAAUAAAACAACAGAGAUCACAGUAGGACAAGAGGCUAACUUCACAAACAGCAGUUUGAUGAACACUGCCAAUCUGAUAAACAUUUCAGGAAGCUGGAAAGGAACAAUUAAAUGCGUGUACACAAGUGGAUCCAUAGACCACACAGCAAGUACAGAGUUGGACAUAGCACUUCUGCCAGAAAUACAGGCUAUGAGCAAUCCUCAAUUUCCUAAUUGUAAAGAUACAAAAUCAAAAAUAGUUGUUGUUGAGUGUAAAAUUUCAGCCGACGCCGAAAAUUACACUGUUACGUGGAAUAAUACUUCUUUCAAACAAAAAGAUCCAGAAAUCCAAGGGAAUAUUAUAUCUUACAAAGCAGAGAGGACCAUAUAUUGUUCAGAGCCAAAUAAUGAGACAAUCUAUAUUGCAUGUACAUUCACAAACAACAGAGCCAGUUUCAACAAAUUUACAACCAAAAAUGUGGAGAUUCCCAUCAUUCUUCCCGAUUCAAAAGUCUGUAAAGAAAACGGUGUCUGGCCCAUCACAAAAAGCGGUUAUGAGGCUUUUCUAUACUGUGGGAACUCUGGUGUUGGUUUGAAAAAGAGAUGGUGCAAAAGCGAAGUGUGGGAAAAAGAAAUCUCUACUUGUGUGAAUGAGGACCUGCAUGGCAUUAAAAAGGAUAUAGAGAUAUUAAAUAAAGGCAUUGGCCUUAUUAAGAAUGAUGCAGACGAACUUUUCAAACGAAUAAAGCAUUCGACCAGCGUGGAGACAUUCAGCUCAUUUGCAAAUAUAAAUGAAUCUAUAGUUAUUUUUCAAGCCAUGAACAACGUAUCUAUACAGCAGUCAAAUCAAUGGAAUGACACUGUCAUCCCUGACUUUGUCAGCUCUAUAAGCAAUGCUUUGAAUGACACAGAUGUCUGGACAAAUCCUGAAAAUGGUAACAAACUUUUAUCUGUAACAUAUCUAAAGACUAUUGAGGGAGUGAUAAAACAAUCAAAUCUGACCUCGGAUGUUCCUCAAACUUUUAAAAAUGUUGAACUGGUACUCUGUAAUAAUACAUGCGGUGGCUUCGAUGCCAACAUCACCUCAGACAAUAAGGUUGUUGUCACUUCAUUCCGGAACCUUAAUAAAGUUUUACCAGAGUUUGAUGGAGUACAAUCAAAGACCACCGUUGUAUCAGUCAACCCUGUAAAUGACACCAAAAAGACUGGUGUUAAGCUGAUGUUCCAGUAUUCUAAAAAAAGACUUCGAAAUCAUGAAAUGAAUUGUGUUUUCUUGGAUGAAAAUAACAAUACUUGGUCUUCAAAGGGGUGUAAAUGGGGUGGUGCGGAAAACCCAGAGUUGUGCUCAUGUGACCACAACUCUGCGUUCACCAUAAUGAUGUCCAGAAAUGCAGAGACCCUUCUGUAUAUGACGGAACUGACCUACGCUGGCUUAGGAAUAUCCAUCGUCUCACUUGUUCUGUGUUUAAUCAUUGAGUUUUUGGUAUGGGAUGCAGUCGUAAAGUCAGACAUCUCCAAUUUUCGGCAUGUGGCCUUAGUCAACAUCUCUUUAUGCUUGCUGUUUGCACACUGUGCAUUUUUAGCAUCAUCUGAUCCGAAGAAGAUCUCCCAAAACUGGUGCUCCAUCCUUACAGUAACCAAACACUUUUUUUUCCUCGCCGUCUUCUUCUGGAUGCUGUGCUUAAGUGUCGUGCUUCUUCACCAAAUGAUUUUUGUCUUUGACCAGCUGAGGAAAAAGGUUUUUUUGGUAUUGUCUAUCACUGUUGGUUACGUGUGCCCUUUAAUAUGUGUGGCAACAACCUACAUUACUUUCGAGAACGGUAAACCUGAAGAAUACUAUUCCACAGAGACUUGCUGGCUCAUAUAUCAGGGUGUGUUGAAGGGCUCCCUCUUUUCCUUCGUAAUUCCUGCCCUAACUAUUGUGAUGGUAAACCUUUUCACACUGGUUGUGGUGAUCAUGAAGAUAGUAUCUCCUACUGUGUCGGAUUCAAAGGCACGGGACCAAAAGGACGUUGCCAAGGCUAUGAUUAAGACAAUAGUUUUCUUAAGCCCUGUGCUCGGAAUAACUUGGCUCCUCGGGAUUUUGGUGCUGCACCUUGAUCUUACACAAAAACCUUUCGCCCAAAUUGUGAGCUACGCAUUUACAUUGUUCAAUUCGCUGCAGGGCUUUUUGAUACUGCUGACAAACUGCUUGGGAGAGAAAAAGGUUUGUGACGCACUUCUGAAGCGUUUUCAAUCCAAAAAAUCAAGGCAAUCUAAAAGUGAAAGCUCAAGCAAAGCGACAUCUUCGGUUACGACGAAAUAAAGUUUGGACAGAUUAAAGAGAAGACAUGGAACUCGAGGGAAACUGUCACAUUCAACGGCUAUAAAACAUUGUUUUCUUGAAUACAGUUAUUUGUGAUAUUCCAGCUCAGAUAUAAAUAUAUUUAGAUGUAGUCAUGUUAUUAUGGAUGCUUUUAGAUUUCUGCCAGGGUGACUGAGUUUUUUUUUUCUUUUUCUUUCUGAAAAUGGUUUAUUCAGUUUUUUUCAUGAAUAUGAAUGGUUUAUUCAUAUUCAUGUAAGUAUAAUUAUCCUUGUAUGUCUGUAGACAACCCGGUGUUACUCAAAACUGGUCAUAGAUGAACAUGAAUUUUGGCCAAUGUGUCAGUUUUUAUUUUUGAACAUGGUUUAUUCAGUUUUACAUAUAUCAAUGUAAGUAUAUUUGUGCUUGUAUAUCUAUAUAUAGCCUACUUGGUAAUACUCAGAACUUGUGAAAGUUGUAGAUGAAUAUGAAUUUUGGCAUGUAAUUUAGUGAAUGAGUUAAUUUUUAUUUUUGAAAACGGUUUAUUCAGUUUUAUGUAUAUUAAUGUAAAUAUAUUUAAGCUUGUAUGUCUAUAUAUAGCCUACUUGGUAUUACUCGUAACUGGUGACAGUAAUACAUGAAUAUUAAUUUUGGCUUGUAAUUUUACUGUCCACCAAGCUUUCUUUUAUAUUUUACUAUCUUUACUACAUUUUAAUUUCAUUUAGAUGUGCAACAAAAAUGGCAUAUGUUGCCUAUAAGCAUCCAUUAGUUUGUAUUUUGCUCUCAUGACCUAAUAAAACCUACUUUUUAAUGACUUGUC